UCGAUGUUCGAUGCAUCGAUGUUUUCGGCAUCACUAUCUCCUGGAAACAAAAUAAUAUCUAAAAACAUUUAAUUCAUGUUUCUUUACUUCUACCACUAUCUCCUGGCAAAAAACUGAGCCAUGAAUAUGACGCCGCGUACGCCUGCGACACCCGGAACACCGGCGACGCCCGGCAGCCUGGCGGUGGAGAUAGCUCGCGUCCAAAACACAGCGCUGGCGGAGUUCAAGAAGCCCACGGGUACGGUGCGAGCGAAGAACAAGCCCCAGAUUCUCACAGAGGAGAAGUACAUCGAGGAAAUGUCGAAGAUCAUCCAGCGCGAUUUCUUCCCGGAUCUAGAGAAACUUCGUGCGCAAAACGAAUACCUGGACGCGGAGUCACGCAGAGAUUUCGUUCAGAUGGCUGAGAUCCGGGAGCGCUACAGUCUUGGCAGGAUUCCAGGAACGGGGAGGAGCAGCAGACGCCAGAAUCAGCGCAAUAAUGCCAUGUCUCCAGCUACGUUUGAGACGCCAGUGAGCCAGGCCAACGGCAACACCACACCAUUGCCACCCUCGCGACGAGCAGACACUCCUGGCUCCACGGCCGGUUCCGAAAAAAGCGACGCCGAAGGCGGGGCGGACAGCACCUCGAAGCUCUCACUCGACGCCUUCCUGCAGAACUACACGAGCGAGGAUAACCACAGUUUCCAGGAGAUAAUCGAAACCGCGGAGGCAAAGCUGCGCCAGAAGUACGCAGUGCUGUACAGCCACGAAAAACUGUCCGCGGAGCAGCUGCAACGGGCCCUGAUGUUGCCCAGCAUAGAGAAACAGUUUGAGGAGCCCGAUCCCCUCAGGAAAAUCGAGACCUGGAAGUACACCAACAUGAACUCCAUCAUGUAUGUGCCCGAAGGUGUAGAGUUCACCGAAGAGGAGCGUGUCCAGGCGGCGGAGCGGAAGCAAAGCAUUCAUCACGGGGCCACAAGGCUUCCGCACGAGGCUCAGCACAGGGAGAAGGUGGAUGAGGCACCAGCUGCUGGAACUAAUGAGAGCAUAGCCACGCCGCGGAUACGAGGGUUUGAUCUCCUGCGCUCGCCAUCGCCGCGACCCGGCGAGGCUUUCUCACCCAUCAUGACCUGGGGCGAGAUCGAUGGUACUCCCUUCCGCUUGGAUGGCGGCGACACGCCGCUACGCCCCACCCAGGGACCUUCCUUUCGGAUCAAUGAGAACUCCCGGCGCGAGAACAUUGCCAUUGCCUUGGCCGAAAAAGUCAGCGAAAAGAUGCGCAACCAGAAGCAAGUGGCUCUGGACACCGCGCGUCGGAAUAUGGGCUCUCCGCUCAUACGCUCCAAUAUGGAGCGCCUGGCGAGCAUGUCGCCGGCAGCCCAGCGCUUGGCCACCGGGAAAUUGGGUAUUCGCGGAACGCCCGUCAUAUCACACACACCAUCGCCCCUAAGUGUCCGGAGGCGAAAGGUUACACCUGGCGUUGUAAAGGGCACAACUCCCCUGGGUCCGCCCAAGCAGGUCUCUGAAAAGAUUCGCACUCCAGCCAGGAGCACGCCCAUCGAUACGGGCUCCACCCUCACAGACGAUCUGCUCAAGAUACCCACCAAGCGACGCAGUGCCGCAGAUUUCUUCUAGCAAAUUCGAAUCCUUGGAUUCUAUGCGACAAAAACCCUAAAUAAAUUUCACAAAAGUAAAAUUCAGUAUUUCCUGAAGCAUAAUUAAAAAUUUUUUAUUAAAAAUUUUUUAUUUGCAUUAUUUUGCUUUUGCAUAUGAAAGGAAGGCAAAGGAAAUGUUCAGUGCCUGUUUAUUUUUGUGAUACCUUGGCUAAAUUAAUGGAUUUUUGAGAUUUGGUCGUAAAACCUAUUUUGAAACUCUGCACACUCUUGGUUUCAAUAGAAACUGAUAAGAAGAGUAUUAUCGCUGGCUUAGAAGAUCUGUUAUCGGCUAGAAACAUGUGUGCAUAUUCAUAGUAUGUGCGUUGUACUCUUCAUUCACAGUUUUCCCUAAUUUACGUGUUAAAGCCGCCAGUAAUGGUUUCUUAUUUCCAAAAAGUUAAAUGUGUUUUAUGUGUUGUACAAUUGAAGAUUUUUAUAAUUUUUAUCAGUAAAGGGCCCG